CUCUGAUUGGCUGCGCGAGUAGCCUGAACAGGUCCCGGCCUCGACCCUCGGGCGGGAGCCGCCUCCACCCCUUCCAAGUUUUGUUCGCUCCAGCUGGCACUGCAGCUUAGGACAGCGGCCGGGGAGGACCGCUCCAAGCAUGAAAAUGUGGCUCUUCGGGUUGGUGGUCUGUAUGAUCCUUGGGACUGUGCUUUGUGAGGAGCCCAGAAGGAAGCUGGCAACUGUGAAUCCUGAAGCAAACAUGAAUGUGAAUGAAAUGAUCUCGUACUGGGGAUUCCCUAGCGAGGAGCAUCUAGUUGAGACAGAAGAUGGAUAUAUUCUUUGCCUUCACCGAAUCCCUCAUGGGAGGCACAACCAUUCUGACAAAGGUCCCAGGCCAGUUGUGUUUCUGCAGCAUGGCUUCCUUGGAGAUUCCAGCAACUGGGUCUCGAACAUUGAUGACAACAGCCUGGGCUUUGUUCUGGCCGAUGCUGGUUUUGACGUAUGGAUGGGGAACAGCAGGGGAAACACCUGGUCUCGGAAACACAAGACUCUUUCAGUUUCUGAGGAUGAAUUUUGGGCUUUCAGUUAUGAUGAGAUGGCAAAUUAUGACCUACCGGCUUCAAUUAACUUCAUUCUGAAUAAAACUGGCCAGGAACAAGUGUAUUAUGUGGCUCAUUCUCAAGGCACCACUAUAGGUUUUAUAGCAUUUUCACGGAUCCCUGGGCUGGCCAAAAGGAUUAAAAUGUUUUUUGCCCUGGCUCCCGUGGUUACAGUUGAAUUCGCCUCUAGCCCUCUAUUCAAACUGGGACAAAUUUCAGAGUUUCUUCUUAAGGAUUUGUUUGGAGUCAAAGAAUUUCUUCCCCAGAGUGAAUUUAUAAGGUGGCUGGGUACCCAUGUUUGCACACACAUCAUUCUGAAGGAGCUUUGUGAAAAUCUCUUUUUUGUUCUGUGUGGAUUUAAUGAGAAAAACUUAAAUAUGUCUAGAGUGGAUGUAUAUACAACACACAAUCCUGCUGGAACUUCUAUGCAAAACUUGUUACACUGGACCCAGGCUUAUAAAUUCCAAAAGUUUCAAGCCUUUGACUGGGGAAGCAGUGCCAAGAAUUAUUUCCAUUACAACCAGAGUUACCCUCCCCCUUAUAAUGUGAAAGACAUGCUGGUGCCGACUGCAGUCUGGAGUGGAGGUCGUGACUUGAUUGCUGACAGCGAUGACAUCAGUAUCUUGCUGACCCAGAUCACCAACUUGGUGUACCACAAACACGUUCUUGAAUGGGAGCAUCUCGACUUUAUCUGGGGCUUGGAUGCCUCUUGGCAGCUGUAUAUGGAAAUUAUUAAUCUAAUGAGGAAAUAUCAGUGAAAGCCAGACUUGAGAGGUUUACGAUUAAGUCAUGUUAAAAUUUGCUUAAUUUCUAUAAAAUAGUUUUUCUUUCUCAGGUCUUUUGCAUUUUUAUAUCCAAGGAAAUAGUGAGACUUUGAAGAUGCCCAGUUCUCUCCAGUGAGGAUUAGAAACGUCCUAGCUAUUUUUGUUGUUGUUUGUUUAAUUAUAAUCACCAGCUGAUUAAGAAACUGUCUCAACCAUAGUGUUGUUUCUUUAAGUCUUUUAGAAAUAUUACUGACUUGUGAAAAGAUCAUUAAAACCAUUCUGCCUAUCCUUCCAAUAUAAAAUGUACUGUAUUACAUUUUUACUCCCACAAAAGGCAAAUUAACACUUGGUGGAAUUUUUAAGCUGCUAUUAUUCAUUAGUAAAUGACUUGAGAAAAACUCCAUGUAAAAGUACCUAGGUCUCAUCUCCUUGCCUUAAAAGGCUUUCCAGUCUAAUGGUCUGUAAUUAGGGACCUAAAUGAUACUUUUCUCAUGUUUUCUUUCAGUAGGUACAGAGUCAAAUCCAGUGAAACCACAGCUGUGCCAGAUACAGAGACUCCAUAAUGAAUUUUAUUUUUCUAACUUAACUAUGAUAGCUGUUAUUUAGUAAGUGUUUAAAUUACUCAGGCCAAGCAAAAUAAUUUGCUGAUCUCUUCAAAAACUAAUUGCACUGAAUCCUGUGGAGAGACUAUACCUGUGAUUUUCUUUGAAAUUAAUGUUCUCUUAACCCGCUGCUGUGUCUCAGUAAUGAUGUUCUGGAGAAGCAAAAGCCCUGUGGCUGGCUGUGAGAAGUGUCCAAGAUCAAUUUCACACAAAAGAAAUGUGACCAUGCCUGUUUUCAGAUCAAGAUUCAGGGAUUCAUUUUCUUUUUGUAGCUUUGUGGGUUUCUAGUCCUGGUUUGCAUCCUAAGUCAGGAAGCUUAUAUUCAUAUACUUUUCUUGCAAUGUUUCCUUACAAUAUUCUUAGAUGGACAGAUGCUUUUGUGAUAUAAUUACUUAAGCUGCAAUAACAAUACUUGGUAUUGGCUAAUAUAUGCAGGAAAAUUACUACUACUUUGUAACAUUUAAGAGUCUCAUUUAAACUUUUCAAUAAAACUCAGUGAGCCUCAAGCCUGAA